AUGGAUUACUUUUAUCUCACGCUUUGCGUAUUCAACGCGUACUUGUCCUACACCGCCACCAUGCUGAACAUAAUAGCAAUCUACGCGAUCAGAAAAACUUUGUCUUUACCUAAAAAUUUAAAAACGUUGCUUCUGAGUCUGGCUGUUUCUGAUCUCGGUGUUGGUUUACUAGCUCAGCCAAUGCAUGUUGCACAUAUCAUGGACUCUCAACAAAAUAAUGACACUAAUACCGUCAUACAUCUCGCAUUUCGUAUUCCGGUAAAUUUGUUCAUUCCUGCGUCAUUGUUAAGUGUCACGGCUCUCUGUGCAGACAGAUUUUUCGCAAUUUACCUCCACCUCAGAUAUCAGGAACUUGUGACACACAAGCGCGUUGCUGCUGUAGUGAUCUCAAUUUGGGUGAUAAGCGCACUUAUUUCACUGAUCAGGUUUUUCAUCCCGAAAAACGUUAUGUACGUAAGUUUCGUCAUUAUUGACGCUGCCUGUAUUAUAACUGCAACUUCCUUGAGCGUCAAACUUUAUCUAACUCUAAGACACCACAUAAACCAAAGUCACGUACCGCAAGUAGCGCAGAAUGACCAAGGAGAAAGUGUUCAAAGAAAAAGGAGAUCUGCGAUGGCAUCGCUUUACGUGUAUCUGGUUUUCAUAGUUUGCUAUUUGCCUGAUGAUUGUCUGUUAAUAAUUAUCGCUAACAAUUCCGAACCAAGGAUCGAUGUAAACCUUUUGCAGUUUUAUACACUGACCCUAGUGUUUCUUAAUUCAACCCUUAACCCACUAAUCUACUGUUGGAAGAUGAAACGCAUCCAGCACACUAUUGUAGGAACACUUCGAAAUCUUUUUUCAAAUCCCACCUAG